GAAAAGUUUUCAAGAACUGUUCUGCACCAGGUUUUAUCGCUGGACACAGAUACGAGCUCAUUUGCAUGUGAAUGGGCAAGAUAUGUUGGCGAAUCGUCAAAUGGUUUCCCUUGUUUUACGUUAUUUCUUCCCACAAUCACCGGAGCUGAUGCUUUUAAAUUUUAAAUAGAUCUGUGAGGAUUUGCCAUUAUGCGCUAUCAUCUCAUUGGUUCUCCUAGCUCAUUAUGUAUUCGUACAGCAUAUUUAUUCCGGAACUAAAAGCGGAUACGGGGUGUUUGAACUGAAUAAUGAAGAACGCUUGAAUCAGGUGGAAACCUUCACUCGGCAGAUCUGGCAACAACGCGCCACUAAUUUUCUCAACCGCCUGUAGUAAAGCUACCGCCUGAAAAUCAGAUUCUCGUGAUCCCAGUCUUGAGUAUUCACAGCUAUUCAUACAUCUUCUUGUUGCUAUAUGAACAUGUCCGUUGGCCGUAUGAAUUUUGUGUAUUUUUGUGCCACUGUUUCAUGGUUAUAAUGGGACACAAGAGUCGUUCCGUGUACGAAGAAGAUGAAAAUGGCCGCCGUCCUGAUGUCGUUCUUCGCCGAUCAGAACGGACCACUUUCCGUAGGAGGUGUUCAAUAGUCAGUUGGCAAACUGAACUAAACUGCUGAUGUUGCCUUUGACCAAUGAUAAUGAAUAACUCAGUAGCCUUGGUGGCUGGCUUAGCAACAGGAAUUCCAGUAGUUGUUCUCGUAUCAAUAUACAUGGUCUAUUGCUGCUGUCGUCGAAAGCAGCAAGAUGAUCGUCUGCAGGAACCUCGUCUUUGGAGGAUCAAGGAUGUUCACUCCUCCCGUGACCCAUAUAUCCCACCUUUUGUACCAAGAAUUGUACAGAAAUUUGUACAGCAUUCUCAUCAUGGAACUCGUAAUAGUAGUAGUGCCACCUCAGCGCAGACUUCACCUAUAGAAGAAAAAUCAUUUUUCAGUGAGGAUUCUGGCUCUUAUCGGACAGCCCCUGAUGAUGCUGGGAUGCCAGAAAAGAGGCACAGUUUGGGCAGUUUUGAGGCUCUUAAUGUGCCAACAAUUAGGCGAUCUUCCCUUCUUCAACUAAGUACUUCAAGUGGAGACAGCUCUGAAAGUAUCUAUGAACAGAGAAAGAGUUCAGAUGUCUCCAAGUCUCCAAGAAAUUUUCCAAAGAGUAGCAGCAAGUCUUUUGAAUUUGUCAGGCCCAUUCCUGUUAAACCACUCAUAACAAUUACCAGAGUAGAAUCCAAGGAUGAUAUGAGUGCAAAAUUGCAUGGAGGUGAUGUAGAUCCAAAUGGGCAAAGUCAUUCAGAUUCACAAGUCCUGCCCAUCAGGAGGUCACCAAAACCUUCGCGUAGUUUAGAUAAUGUGUCUGUGCCAUCAAGGUCAGGUAAGGAGAGAAAGGGAAGCACUGACAGAAACUUGGGAGAAAGAAGAAAACCAAGCAUUGGUGCUGAAGGUGAUGAGCAAAGUAAACGUAGUCAAGCAACUCUUUCUAAAAUUCCUGUGAACAUUCCUUCCCAAGUCAUUCACCCACGUAAGGAUACAAGACGAAGGAGUUCUCAGAGUGGUUUAGGCAGACUGAAUGUGUCCUUGCAGUAUAAACAGACCACAUGUGAUUUGUUUAUAAAGAUCCUACAAGCACGGGAGCUGCCACCAAAGGACCUUCGUAAUAAUACAUCUUCACCAUACGUAAGAGUUUAUGCACUCCCAACACGGAGACACAACCACAGGACAACAGUUGUAGAGAAGAACCUUCAUCCAGUGUGGAAUGAGCUGUUUAUCAUUAGUGGACUCACUUUGUCAGAGAUUAGACAACUAGCAUUACACUUUCUAAUCAUACAUCACCAGCCAGUGUCACGCAAUGUUGUAAUAGGAGAGGUGAUGAUGACGUUAGGUGGAAUGGACUUGACUGGAGGAGAAGUUAAUGUUUGGAGAGAACUCAGACCACAUCAAUUCCAGAAUAUCCUAGGAGAGCUGCAUAUCUCUGUUUGUCAUCAACCUCUUUCCAGUAAACUGUCUGUAACUGUGUUAGAAGCAAGGAACCUACCAAAAAUUAGCAGCCUAAAUAUAGGAGAUCCAUAUGUCAAGGUAGAACUAUUUUCAGCAAACCGCCGUGUUGCAAAGAAGAAAACCCGUGUGAAAAAGAAAACAGUCAAUCCCAAGUUUGCUCAGACUUUUACAUUUGAUUUGGGAGGAAAGCUGGCACUUGACCACAUGACUCUGAUGUUCACUGUACUGGUUCAGGAUUCAAGUGGAUGCCAUGAACGGAUUGGCCAAGUAGUACUAAGUACAGCGGCAGGUGAUGGACCAGAAUUUGAUCACUGGAGUCAGGUGAUAUGUAAUCCACAUUGCCCUAUUGAUCAGUGGCACAUGAUACAUGAAUAGUAAGCUGGAGCCAUCAUGUCUCAUGGCUUUCGAUCGGCUUUAAGCCUGGUUACUGUUUCAAAAACAUAUGUUAAUUAGAAGUUAUGCGGGGGUGCUGAAAGAAAGCUUUCCAAAACACUGUUUCUCUCUAACAGCAUGAUCCACUGGCUGACUCCUAUUGAACUGCAUUCUGGUUGGCUAUAUCGUCACCCACUAGUAAAUGGCAUAAAGCCCUUGGAACAUGCAUCUUUUUUCCACUUAUUGUCAAGAAGUAUUAAACAACAUCAGUGAAUCAGUUUUGUUGAUACUCUCUGUUGACUGUGCAUUUCAAACACACAACACAAACUCUGAAGUCUAAACAUAAUUAUAACAGCAGUCAACAAACCUUGAAAGAAAAGGACAAAGCCAUUGAUUGAGCAGAGUUCAUUUGUCAUUGAAAGGCACAGUAAUGGAACAGCCACUGGAUUAUUCUAAAACAUUAAGACUCAUGAUCUUCGUUUAAAUAAACUUCAACAGUUAACUUAGUUCUUUGCCCCUUACCAAAGUAAGAAACCUUUGCAGUUUAAUAAAUAGUGAAUGUCAUGUGGUAAUAUGGCACAUAAUGGAAAAACAAUGAAAUGUUUGUCCAUUAUACAUGUACAAAUAAAUAGUUAUUAUCAACUAAUAAUAAUUAUCAAUAGACCUGAAAAUCACGUUGAUUAUUUUCUCUGUCCUUAAUUAGCUUUCUUCUAAUAUUCAUUAUUUAUUAUUUACAUGCACCAUUCAAGCAUGUACAUUAUUUGUACUAUGUGCCAUAUUAUUUUGGAAACCCCAUUCAAUUAGUCUAGAUACGCUCAACUGUGAGUUAUAUGAAUGAAUCAUAUUUUCUCAGACGCGGCUGUUUAAAUUAAAUCAUAUACUUGUCUUUGAAGUGUGGUUUACUAAGACAUUAAGCCACAACAGAUCCUGAUUCUCUACCCUAAAAUUGACUAUUUGUUUUAAGGUGAUUCCUCAGAAUUGCAUUGCUCAGACCUACUGCACAGGUUUUUCAUGUCAUUAGCACAUGCACAAGCUCAUACACAACAUCAAGAGAUUUCCAUCAAGCUAAGCUCUUAAACGAGCAUGUUGACCUGUUUUUAAUUGCAUAAUGUUGGUGUACAAAUUGUUCUCUCAAAUUAGAAAUAUUAGAAUGAAAAAAAAGAUAUACAGCUGUAGCUGAAAGAUGCACAAAACCAUUAUUCAAGGAUGCAAAUUAUGACCUUCAAAAUGAUGCAAGGAGUGUUAUGAGUCGAUGUCGUGUAAAAUUAAUAUGUAAUUUUGCCAUAUGUUGCGUAUGCUGGAGACUUUCUAUGUAUCAAGUUUCUUCCCGAGUACUUCUUGAACAAACUUUGCUUUCAACUACCGCAAAAUGUAACGUGAACCGAUUAAAUAACGCAUGUGAUUAGGCAUAAAUAGGAUGAGAUUGGCCCAUGAUAUCUCUUUUGUGAGCAUGAUGACCUAUCUUUUUUUGUAUAAACAGUGCUUGGUAGGGAAUAUUCAGGGAAAGCUUCAAAAAACUUGUUCAGCAAGUUUUGUUUCUGAGGAAUCACCUUAAGCCCCAGUUCCCACUAUGCAAUGUCUGUAUAUAGAUCGUUUUCACCGUCAUGCAAUGAAAAAUAAAUCAAAAACCGUUUGGUGGGUGACGUCAAGAAAAUGCAAUCUUACAGAAGAUAAAUGAAGAAACGUCUCAAAGUUUUUGGUUUGUGCAUUGUCCCAGACUUCACAUAUUUGCCAAAAUGUUUUACACAAAUUUACAGAGCCCAGUAGGGAACCGCAUAUAUUGGUGUACAUGUACACCAUAUAUAGUUGGUGGCCCAACUAUAUAUGGUGUACAUGUACACCACACUAUAGUUGGUGGCCCAAGUAUAGUGUAACCAUCUGGAACUUAAUUUCUUUGGUUAUCCAGGCCACUGAGUAUCUAUACUACACAUACAUUUGCAUAAACACUUUUCCAGCUACUUUUACUUCACAAAUGGCUAAAAAUCACUAGAUAAGUAUAUCUUUUUCAAGAAACGCGAUCAUAGCUCUAUGUCACACACCGAAAUUCAAAAUGCACUGGUUUCCAAAAGAAGGAUGCCUUCAAGCUGAAAAGUUGUCAGCAGAUAUACAUUCACACCUCUUAUGCCUGAUGAGGAUAGAAACUCUGGUGGCUCUUUAGUUUUGGAUUUAAGAACUUGAUGACAUCUUGUGAAAACGAUCUGUUGAUGUGAUGGCAAUUCAAACUCAUGAUCAAUAGUUUAGUUUGCGACUCAAGUUGCACUUCUAAGAGAUUAUAUACAUUUAUGAUAUAGAUAGGACCCUGUGUGCACUCUGAUUGGUCAAAAACCCAUGUUUUAUCAGAGUAUAAAACAUAGAAAA